CAGCAAGUCAGAUGGUAUUCAAGUUCGGUGAAUUCUGUCGACUAUUAAAGCUUUGUUGAUCCUCAAGGUCAUGCUAGAUUUUCAACAUCAACUCUUUCCUCAGUAUAUGCCGUUAUCUUGAGCAUUAAAGCGUUCCCACGAAAACAGCCAGGAUGCCUCUCACUCAAUAUACAGAAACCAAUGCGCCUCUGCCGGUGGUAAUCAUUGGCAAAAGGGUUGAGAUUGGAAGUGCUGUUGCUGAAGGCCUGCUGCCGGAUAUUGAAACAAUCCACUUCAUCCAAUCCCUCGAAGCAGCUUGUGCCGAGCUCCCCCAUAUCUUUGCCGGCCACGCGCCUCCGGAAGUCUCCCUGCCAAACAAUGUGGGAACACACAAGUACGAGAGACAGUCCCGGGCAGUCAUCAUCGGUCGAGCCUUUUUGGUCGAAGAAGUUGAAGAGAUGCGAGCAAGCUGUGCCGGGAUUGCCAAGGAGCCUGUAGCUUGGCUGCUUAAUGACCCUUCGGUUGGACCGCCGCCGCUGCCGGUUGACGGAGCACUGCCUGGACCAGAGUAUGCGUUGAAGGCAGCGGUGUUGGCUAGAGAGGUGCUUGCGCAAUGGCUUGGUGGGGACGCGAGUGACGGUGGUAAGGUUAAGGAUCAAGUUCUUUUCUAUUGAGCUAAGUAAGGUGUGGUGAGCUCGUAUUCCUGAUGAACACUCUGUUUUCUUUUCUCUGCCUCCCAUUUACUACUGAGGAAAAGCCCUGUGUCAGUCGUGGCCAACCCUCCUCUAAACUGCUGUAUUUAUUCCAGACUGCGGUACUGCAUCCCUCGUUUGAAUUUCUCUUCCUACAAGCAUCCAAUAUUGACAAUCUUCCCAAUGCUUCGC